GGCGCGCGACGCGUCGCGGCGUCGUCGACGGCGGGCCGUUAUUCCGUGUGAAGACGGCCGUGAAACGACGGAGGCAUCGCGAGCGCGAAAGCAACCGCCGUCGCGAGCUCUCCCGUUCGACGAGGCGUCCGUAGCCCCAGGCGCUGCCGAUUCCACGAUGGGCCCCAAACGAGCCCGAUGCAAGGCCUCGGUGCGAUGAGUGAGUACCUCGGUGCGAGCCCCAUGGCACGGCGCUAGCCGCUCCCCACUGGCAUGGGCCUGUGCGCGGCGCCCACGUGUGCCCGCCGCUCUCUUCAUGGCCAUUGAUAAAGAUGUCGUGUAGCAUUACUGAAAGGGUGAGUUCUAGUGCACCAACCACGGGAGGCAAAGUCGUCUCGGCUGUCUCGACCAGUUCACAAUGUAGAAGCCGUACCGAGUCCGAAGCUCUCGCCACGUCUCCGAACUCUCGGGGAACCACCCACGGGGCCGGUACACCCAGCGGUACUGGCCCCCCUCAGAAUGGACCCCACUCUUCCAGCCCCCAAGGGCCGCAAUUCAGAUCGAAACCGUGCGGCAGCAUGCUACUCUGCUGUUGCUGCAAGUGUCCGUGGUCUAAUGUUGGAAAAACUGGUGAAAAUGGAAAGGAUGCUACUGUUCCACUGCAAGAAGUGCGUGUCACAAUGGAAGAAAUCCGAAGUUGGAGCAAGUCUUUCGAUACACUAAUGAAAAGCAACGCAGGACGUAAAGUGUUUCGGAACUUUUUGAAAGGAGAAUAUUCGGAAGAAAACAUGUUAUUUUGGCUGGCUUGCGAGGACUUUAAAAAACACUCGAGCAAGGAUCACAUCGAGCGAAGAGCUAAACUUAUUUACUUGCACUACAUUCAUCCGGCAUCAUCAACUGAGGUAUCUUUAGAUGCUCAUGUGAGGGAGAUCAUUAAGAAACAUCUCCCAGAUCCUCAACAGCACAUGUAUGACGAAGCCCAAUUACAGAUAUAUACAUUAAUGCAGAGAGACAGUUAUCCAAGGUUUCUUAGUUCAUCAGUCAUUCGAAGUCUUAUCCAACAAACUGAGAAGAGAGGCAGAGAAAAAGUUUCGUUUUGGAUCCAGCCUCAGAAGACGCCUUCUUUGCACACUAUCGAAUUGAACGAGGAGAAUUUGGAGGAAGAUCAUGGACAAGCGAGUCAAUCUACGCCCCUUUUGACAGCUGCCCAUCCGGCAGCUACCACACCAGUUUCUGAUUUUUCUGAUAGGGACCAGGAUGCAAGUUAAAUUGUCUUUGUCAUGAUUUAAUAACAGGCGGCCUAACGACAUUAUAUAUUGUCGACAAUAACUGGGGACCCUGGCUUGGAGAAGCUAACCACCACAAUAAACCCCAACAGUAGAGAAGAAACACCUGACAUCGCUCCAAGACGAUUUUUGGCUGAUUGACAUUGCCGCAGAUUAGUAAGACAAAAAAUAUCGCUUUUUGGACUUUACCCAGGCCUAUUAACAACCCCGCAUUAGUCGUUUUAUAAUAAUUUUCGAAGUGCUCGGUAACACGUGUUUGUUCCAUAACAGCCUGGAAAGCCGUACAUCGAAACCGUUGGCAACAUUGCAAAUCGGGAGUGAAGGCGCAUCGGGAAAAUUCUAGAUAUACAGCUGCGUGCAGAAUGAUAAUAGAUAAUAUCAAGGUUCCCCUUGUUUCGUCCUCAGGUUCAUUUCAAUCUCUGUACAUAUAUAGCUCUGUGGAUUUAUUGGCUCAACUUUCGUUUAGCUGAAAUCCGAAAUAUUUGUUUAUUUAAUAUUUCGAAGCCUUUUUCAAUAGAAAGUCACGAAAAUAUUUCUGUGAAAAUGCAUAACUUUCAGUUUCUCCACUUUAGAAUAGCUGGAACCAGUUACAUGAAAACGCGUUUCUGUUUUUCAUUUUAGAAAUCAUUUGACGCAAAAUAUUUCUUCUGGAAGUGUAUCAACUUCAUUUAUUGAUAAAAUAUAACAAGUUUUGAAAAGAAUUCGGCCAUCGGAAUUUUGCGUAAACUGGCGCGUUAGCGUUUGUUGGUUCGUUUUUCUUUAUUUUAUUUUUUUCUCGGUACGGUAUUGAUGUCUAGAAUACAGUAUCUACUAGGUUAAAUUCAUACCUACACAAGAAAAGCGUUGUUGUAGAAUGCAAAGCAGGAACAUGUCUUCAUGUAACUGAUUUCAGUUAUUCUAAAGUCGGAAAAAAGAGAAUGAUGCAUUUCCGCAGAGAAAUUUUUAUGAUUUUGUGUUUGGGGAGGCUCCUAUAUACUGGAUGUUUUGUUUUUUUAAGUGAUUUCAGCUAAAAAAAGGUUCAAGGUUUUUGAUGUAGAGAAACGUGCAAUAUUCAUUCUGAGCGCAUAUGUUUGUCUAUGAUCGAUUUUUUGCAUUAUAAGACGCCAAACGCAUAUAUCGGACUAAAUAAAUAAAAAUCAAUUCAAGACUAUUUGAGAGAUUGUGUUCGUUAGCGAUUAAAUCGCCUGUAUUAUGUAUUACGAUCAUAAUCCUAUUCUGGACAAUGUAAUGGCUCAUAUUUUAAUAUUAGUGUUUGUGUUCCAUAACGAAAACGGUUUAUCUUAUUUCGAACUGUCAAAGUAUUUUUGUUCGGUAGACUUUUCAGUACAUUAAACUGUGUUUCCUCAAGCCUAAAAAUCAUUAAUCUGAACGGAGUUUGAAUACUGUUAGAAUAGGUACUGAAGAACUCCACAUCCAGAGUUUUCCAAAUUAUACAAAGCAUAUCCUAUAAAAAUUUUAAUCGAUACGAUUAAUAUUAAUAAAAAUCAAUUAAUGAAUUGGUGAAAAUUGGUAUGAACGUGUAGCAAUAUUCAAACUCUUCAUUUCCAAUGGGCUUUCUAAGACAGAUUUUUGUGGCAACGGCAGAUGUACCUAUAUAAAUAUUUUUUUAAUAGUUGAUACACUUGUUCAAUUUUCUACUAAGCGGACAUAAGAAAAUCCUGCUUGUCUCUAAUCAUCAGGUAUUCUAUCGUUGUUAUAUGAACAAAUUUAGACUGUCUAGAAACAUGAUUUUCUUCGUCAAAAUAAUAAUAAUAGUAUUUAAUAAGUGUUUGUUAAGAAGGUGUGAAAACUAUUAUUAUAAAAUAAUUGUUAACAAAAUCAGUGUACUGUAUACUUUAAUGUCUAAUUUUAGGAUUAUCUAUUACAGGUGUUAAGCAAUACUGUUUUCUGUGUAGGCCACCUUUCUAAACUUUAACUUCUCAUAAUUUUGCUCUAAAUAAAAUUUAAAUUUUUGACUAUUAUUGUCAUUAUUACUGCAGUUAAUAUUAGUAGAGUACUAUCCCAGCAAGCACACCAAGUUGCUAGAACAUUAAAGCACAUUGUAAACAUCUCACAGCUUGUAAAUGUUAUGUGCAUGCUUGUUGGAAUAGAUUCAAAUUUAUGAAAGCACAAUCAGUUCAGAGUUCUCUGAAAUACGUGGCUGUUUAGUUUUGGUGGAUUAUUCUUUGUCUCUCCACGAGCUUUUAGAUAUAUAUUUUUUAUUGAACGGAUGGUGUGAAUUGAUAUACAGGGUGGUCCGAAGUGGAUUCGGGAAACUUCUGCAGCAUAUUUGGCAGAUAAAAAUAAGUAAAAAACUUCAUGUAAAUUUUCGGACAGGGUGUGGAAGUUUCAUUUUUUCAAACAAUUCCUGAAGUAACCCCGAUAUUUGAAUCAAAAUUGCUGUCUAGAUGUUUUUUGGCAUCUGAAAUUCGAUUUUGGGGGCCACCUACACCUAUAUGUGUUUUAACUGCUUUGAAGAGUAAUAAUAACUUUUCGUCUGUAUUGAAAAAAUAUACAUUUCCGUCAUUUUUUACGUAAAAAAGGUCUCUUGGUAAAAAUCGCUCCGACUAAUGGUUCACAAGAUAUUUGGAAUAAAAGUAGUCGAUACAUGUCAUAAUUGCAAAUAUUAUACAUGUUGACAGGAUAGUUAACAGAAUAUUUUUAGCUUAAAAUAAUAAAAAGUCUCCAA